UGCAAUAUGAGCUCGCGUUCCCGCCAAUGCCAUUACCUCAUCUACGUUGUUCAUUUCAUUCAAUCCUGGAUUCACCCUUUCAAAGCACAGAUCUUCUUCUCCAUUCUGCCGAGGGAAUUUCAGGAAAAUGGAUAUGUCAGAGAUAGCCAAGAAGCUCGGACUAUCAGAUUCCAAACUCGCUGUGCGAAAAGCGUUGGAACUCCGGCGCCUAUGCGAUGUUCAGUUCGAUUCCUCUGUCAUUGGAGUUGGGGAAGUUUGUAAAGCUAUAAUUUGCUUGGAAAUUGCCGCCACGAGAUGUAUUCUAUCCUGCAGGAUGGGCGCCUUGUUUGAUCGAUCAAGUGCCAUCAGGCUAAGUGGGAUGUCGGAAAAGGCAUAUAUCAGAUCUUACAACUUGUUACACAAUGGUUUCGGCAUCAAGGCAAAGCUUGAUGUCAGAGAAUUAGCAAUUCAGUUUGGGUGUGUCCGAAUUAUUUCAAAUGUUCGAGACGGUUUGAAUCUUUACAAGGAACGUUUUCUGUCAUCAUUGCCUGCUUCUCGACGUGCAAGUGCUGACUUUACUCGUCCGGUGUUCACUGCCGUUGCUUUUUAUUUAUGUGCAAAAAAACACAAGCUCAAAGUAGACAAGCUUAAGUUAAUCGAACAAUGUGGUACAUCUGAAUCUGAAUUCUCUAGUGUUUCUACUUCCAUGAAGGACCUAUGCUAUGACAUUUUUGGAGUUGCCAAAGAAAAGAAGAAUCCGAGAGAAGUAAAGACAAAUCGAGAUUUAUUGGAUGCGUUGCCAGAAAAAAGGAGAAUUGAAGAUGGAGGUUAUUCGUCUGAUGAAGGACCAAAUCUUUCAAGCUAUAAGAAGCGCAAACAAAUGGAAAAACAUGAAUAUGACAAAUGGAAGUCUUCAGUACUUGUAUCCAAGGAUCAAAACAAAGCAGAAGUUCCUCAGAAGCGUUGCCGGCAGACUCGUCUCAAUUUUACCAAGAAAGCUCCUGAGACUGACAAGUUGGAGGCUGUGUUAGAUGCGUUGGACUCAUUUUCAUAAAAAAUAUGAAAAUGAACAACUUGAUGAGACUUGAUGCAUCAUAGAAUGACAAGAGAUUGAUCAAGAUGGAAUAUCUGAGCGAAAGAAGGUUGCGAAUGGUUUGAUGGACCUUUUCCCCUCCAGUUCAUCUUCAAGUUAUUGUUUGGAAUUCCAAAAGCAUUAAUUUAUAAAAAUAAUUCUGUAUAGACGUGCUUCCCUUUCAAAGAGUUUUAGCUGCAACAUGUCUCUGAUUUCAGAUGGAGGCUAUUAUGUGAAUAUCCAUUUUUUAUAUUUCCUUGUUUGCUCAAUUUUUUUUAUUAUGUUACACUGCGCAUAACUUUAUUUGAUUCUAUUUUCACGUCAGUGCCUGUCUUCUAUUUAAAUACCUGCAUAUUAUAUUAGAACAGGUACACAGUAAAUUUAAUUUGUCAGAUUUAGUUUUAGACAAUCUUUGU